GUCAUGUCCACAGUACAAUCGAUUUGGUUAAAUGAGACAUUCUUAACUCGUCUGCUACAGCAAAAUGUAAAAGGUUUUCGCAAAAUUUCAAAUUUCAAUUGCCAAUGGAGGAACCCACGUAACUUUUCCUACUCCAUUAAAAUCGAAAUUCAGUUAGAAGAUGGAAAAUUACGAACAGGUCAAUACGUGCUCAAGGCUCAACCGUCUGAGGAAAUGAAUAGUUCAGACGCAUUAACUAGAGAAUUUUUCAUGUAUACCGAGUUGACGCCAGCCUUUGAGCAGCUCUAUGCAAAAGUUUUUAGGGACGUUAAAUUUUCACAAACUGUACAAUCAUUUUACCAGGGAUUAAAUGAAGGAUCUAUAAAAGAAUGUAUUCUAUUAGAAGACGCACUUUCAAAGGGUUACCGGAAUGCCAGCAGCCCUGAGGGGCUUGAUGUUAUGCACAUUGAAUCUGCUUUGAAAAAACUGGCUGCUUUCCAUGCAGCAUCUGCUGUUUAUGCAUCCAAUCAUCACGUCGCUUUAUUUAGACAGUUUAGACAACGUUUUCAAACUAGCACUUCUGACCAGAACCAUGGAAGCGCUUUGCUCAUUGAGCGCGAUGUAGUACUAAAUCGUAAAUUUAUUGAAGGACUUCGCUUUUACGACAUGCGUGAAUACCAGGAUAAGAUUAGGUCUUUCGCAAAAUCCCUCGAGCAGCAGAAGCAGUUAAGCGCUCCUUAUGAUGUCAGCGACUUCAAUGUUCUAUUGUACGGCAAUUGUUGGCCAAACAAUUUUCUCUUCAGCUACGACGCUUUUGGCAAUAUAAAAGAUGUAUUAUUCACUAACUUUACAAACUGUCAGUGGGGCUCACCUGCGAUUGACCUGCUCGCUCUGCUGCUAUCAGCUUGCUUGGCAAAUAAGAUAAGCAAAUUUGAUUAUUUCGUCAAAGUGUAUCACGAUGAGUUGUGCUUAAACUUGAAGUUACUGGGGUAUAAUAAAGACCCGCCAACGUUAACGGGCCUACAUCUGGCUAUAUUAAAGUUCUAUUGGUGGGGUUUUGAAGUGAUCCAAAAAAUUCUGCCAGCUGUGAUGCUGUCGUUUGGCGUUAGCGAGUUCCACUUAAAUGAAGCCAUAAUAUGCAACCAAGAGCUAAAUAGGGUAUUUAUCAAUGAAGCUUAUGCGAAUCCCCGGUAUGCCAAGGAAAUUGCUGUGAUUUUGCCUUGGAUGGAAAAUCGAGGCUUCCUAGAGGAAUGACAGCGAUUUAAUUAUACGGAAUUCCUCUGACUUCUGCAUGAUUUGUGUCUCUGACCAUCGAUUAUAUGAACAUAUAAAGUUAAUAUAUCCCAAACAUGGAGUAAAAACUUUAA